GACCCAAAUGUGGGAUUGUUUGUCGCUGUAUGCCCCAGAAUGGAGAGAGAUCCUCAGGAUUUGGGAGAUGACCAUCAUGAAGAAAGAUUUCAGCUGUGUGAAGUGGAACUGGCUCAGCUGCAGCUGACCCAAAAGGCACUGUACACUAUAGGCAUUGAUGCAAAUUUAGAGGGGGAUUGGAGUAUAAUAUAUUUUUUGUGGGGUAACAGAAUAGUAGGCGAAAGGUGCAUAGAUUAUAUUAUUAUUAUUACUCUAAUCAUACUGCAUGGUCAUUGUACCUAUUUGUAUUGCCUGAUGAAUACACUACCAAACAUCCACAAAUAUAAGUCCUGGCAAUAGUAGUGUUUGUUUUUGUGUUUUAAUAUUGCCACAUGAAGAAAUAGAUUUAAUGAGAAUAUGGUAAGUCAGCAUCCUUUUUUACCUAGUUUUAUAUAUGAAAUCUGCAAUUGCUAGCAUUGUAUGUAGACUAUACACCCCCACUUCCACACACCCACACAUACAUACGUGAAAUUUGCACCCCUUGCUGUAAUACUGUGAUAAUUAAUGAGGUGUAAAUGGAAGGAAAUUUAAGUCCAUGAACUAAACACAUAUUACCUUAAAUAUAGCAGUGUUUUAAAAUGAAGAAAAAAUGGUCAUCCAAAUGAAACAACUGCUAUAAAAAUCAGAAGAAGCCUAAUAUCUAUCAUUUAUAAAAAGAGGAUUAUGCAUUCCUGCUCUCACUCAGUUUUUAAUUACUUUAGCAUUAGUUGUUGGUAAUCUUUAAGAUGGGAGUAUUAUGGUGAAAAGACCUGCAAAGUAGAAGGCAACAAGUUACAAAUCUGAAUCUUGCAUAGAAAAUGUGUUCUCAUGUGUGUGUGUUGUCAUUGUACAAUUACAUCUUCUGUUGAAAACUGCCACUACGUGUUGUUUAUUGUAAAGGCAAUUGUAAUUUUUGGAUCAGACACCUCCAUGAUUGUAAUUAGAUUUAAGAAAACAGCUCUUUCCUUUCCUCUUUCUCAGGAGCCGGAGGAGGGAGAGGUAUUGUCAGGCUUAAGUCAGCGGCGCCUGCUGUCUGCAGUCGCAAUGGAAGAGUUUGAGUUCCCUGCCAGCAUUCAUCUGCAAAAGAUGCCCCUCUUCCCUAAGUGGCAUCUCCCUCUUAAACUCAUGGCUGUUCUCAUGGCUGUGGCUUUUGUCUAUACUUUUCUGCGGGAUGUGCUACAGCCAUAUGUAUCUAAUGGUAAAAACGACUUCUACAAGAUCCCCAUCCUGGUGCUGAAUAAAGUGCUGCCCUGGACCUCUAUCACUCUGCUGGCCCUCGUAUAUCUGCCUGGUAUACUGGCUGCCCUGCUCCAACUCCACAGAGGCACUAAAUACAGUCGUUUCCCUGUCUGGUUGGAAAACUGGAUGAGUGUAAGGAAACAGUUAGGACUACUGGCCUUCCUUUUGGCCUGUCUGCAUGCCAUUUACAGUUUGAGCUACCCAAUGAGACGCUCUUAUAGGUACAAGCUUCUCAACUGGGCCUAUCAGCAAGUGCAACACAAGAAGGAGAGUGCAUGGGUCGAGGAUGAUGUCUGGAGGAUGGAGAUUUACAUCUCUCUAGGAAUUCUAGGAUUGGGCAUACUGGCUUUGCUGGCCAUCUCCUCCCUCCCCUCUGUUAGCGACACGCUAAACUGGAGAGAGUUUCAAUGUGUCCAGAGGACUCUGGGAUACACAGCCCUGCUCCUGUGCACAGCUCAUGCUCUGGUGUAUGGCUGGAAGAAGUGGGUGGAGCUGAAGCAGUAUGUGUGGUACACUCCUCCAUCAUUCAUUCUGGCCUGUUUCCUCCCAGCUAUGGUCUUACUGGUCAAGGCUGUGCUAGUCAUGCCCUGUUUGGACAAGAGACUGGAUCGCAUUCGACAUGGCUGGGAAAGACCAAGCCGAAAGGGACGUUCAGACAAAGACUCACUCUGACUUUUUAUAUGUCACAUUAGUGACAAAUAUAUAGUCCAAAAUAUAUGUUGAAUUCUGAGUCUGUUUUCUACGAAUUGUAUUGAGUAUGAUUUAAAAUCUGUGACUUCUGUUU